GUUAAUCAAAGAUGCCGACUUUCUUGAUUCACGAAAGCAGAGAUUUCAAGAAAAUAUUCACAAAAAUGAGACGAGCAAGAAACGGGCUCAUUAACUAUCAUCAACAUGUGGUAACUGUUCUAUUAUUAUGUUUGCUUGUCAUGGUCUCAAAGGUUUCAAGCUUGGGAGUGAACUGGGGUACUAUGGCAUCCCACCAGCUGCCUCCUGAAAAUGUGGUUCAGAUGCUGUUAGAUAAUGGGUUUGAUAAAGUGAAGCUGUUUGAAGCGGAUGAGAAAAUUUUGGGAGCCUUGAUUGGAACCAAUCUUGAAGUGAUGCUCGGAAUUCCAAAUAACAUGUUGAGGGAGAUCAGUCAGGAUCCCGAGGCUGCUGCUUCUUGGGUUGAUGCCAACAUCACUGCUUAUUGCUUCAAGGGAGGGGUAAACAUCAGAUAUGUUGCAGUCGGCAAUGAGCCCUUCUUGAAGAGCUAUAAUAAUUCCUUCCUGCCAUACACACUGUCGGCCCUGAAGAGUAUCCAAGAAGCCAUCAACCAUGCUGGACUUGGAACAGUCGUGAAAGCAACAAUUCCUUUCAAUGCCGACGUUUACAACUCGCCGGAAUCAAAUCCGGUCCCUUCUGCUGGUGAUUUCAGGCCGGAAAUACGCGACCUCACGGUCCAGAUAAUCCAGUAUCUCCAUUCGAAUGAUGCCCCUUUUGUUGUUAACAUCUAUCCUUUUCUCAGCCUCUAUGGCAACAUUUACUUUCCUCUGGACUAUGCUUUCUUUGAUGGAUCAAACAAGCCUAUAAAAGACGGUGAUUAUCUUUACACCAACGUGUUUGAUGCAAAUUUUGAUACUCUUGUUUCCUCAUUAAGUAGAGCUGGGUACCCUGAGAUGAAGAUCAUUAUUGGAGAAGUCGGGUGGCCAACGGAUGGGGAUAAGAAUGCCAAUAUCCAGAAUGCGAAAAGAUUUAAUCAGGGAUUGAUUCAGCAUGUUUCUGGUGGAGUUGGAACCCCUGCUAGAAAUGGCAGCAUAGAUGUGUACCUUUUUAGCCUAAUAGACGAGAAUGCCAAAAGCAUUGAGCCUGGCAGCUUUGAGAGGCACUGGGGACUUUUUGAAUUUGAUGGGAAGCCAAAAUAUGAGUUGGAUUUGUCAGGGUCUCGGGAAGAAAAAGGUCUAGUUGCAGUUGAAGGUGUAAGAUACAUGCUAAGGAGGUGGUGUAUUUUGGACCCUCGUGCUAAAGAAUUAGAAGAAUUACCCAAAAAUAUUGAUUAUGCAUGUAGUCUUUCAGAUUGUACUUCAUUGGGGUAUGGUUCUUCCUGCAAUCAUUUGAGUGCCAAGGGUAAUGCUUCCUAUGCAUUUAACAUGUAUUAUCAAUUCAAAAACCAGAAUGGGUGGGAUUGUGAUUUCUCAGGCUUGGCCGUUGUCACAGAUGAAGAUCCCUCUGAUGACGAAUGUCAGUUCCCAGUGAUGAUUGCAGAUGGUCAUUCAAUGGUACUGCUGCACAAGACACUGCUGAACAUUUUGCUGGCUGUUCUUGAAGGAUGCGUUGUGUUUUUGCUUCUCAUCUCCUAAUAUUUAGACAGCGACAUGGAGAGAAGUAUUCUUUUUUCUUUUUUUUUUAGUAGAAAAUCAAGAGUCUGACAUAU